AUGGACCAGAUUGCAAUACUGUGCAUCGUAGUCGAGCAGUACUUGGAGUGGAACUCAUCGCUGUACAUUAACUUCAUCGACUAUGAGAAGGCAUUUCACAGUGUGGAUCAAGAGGUCCUACGGAAGCUCCUCCAGCAUAACGGCAUCCCAGCCAAGGUGCUCAACCUGAUCAAGAGCUCAUACGAAGGAAUGACCUCCAGAGUGAUCCACAGAGGACAGCUUACCAACAGCUUCCAUGUGAAGACUGGAGUCCGACAAGGAUGCUUGUUAUCCCCAUUCCUCUCCCUCAUCACCAUCAACUGGAUCAUGAAGACAUCCACCAGCAAACACAGAAAUGGAAUCCAGUGGACCAUGUGGAGUGAACUGGAUGACUUGGACUUUGCCGAAGGACCUUGUACUUCUCUCCCACAGCCAGCAGCAGAUGUAAGAGAAGAUCAGUGUGUUGGCAGCUACAUCAGCACAAGUUGGACUCAUCAUCCACAAGGAGAAGACCAAGAUCCUUAAGACCAACUUCAGCAACAUCAACCCAAUCAUCCCGAAUGGAAGUCCCCUGGAGGAAGUACAGUUCUUCACCUACCUGGGCAUAAUCAUCGAACAGCAAGGUGGAACAGAUGCAGAUGUCAAGGCAAGGAUCGGCAAAGCAAGAGUUGCCUUCAUCCAGCUCAAGAACAUAUGGGCUUACAGAGAGCUAACCUUGACUAUCAAGAUCCGACUGUUCAACUCCAAUGUGAAGUCAGUACUGCUGUACAGGGCUGAAACCUGGAGGACAACCAAAAACACCAACAAAAGAAUCCAGACAUUCAUCAACAGCUGUUUUAGAAGGAUUCUCCACAUUCGCUGGCCAGACACCGUCAGUAAUACCAACCUAUGGGAAAGGACCUGCCAACUUUCAGCAGAGGCAGUAAUCUGGAAGAGAAGAUGGGGCUGGAUAGGGCAUACUCUACACAAACUGCCAACAUCACCAGGCAGGCUCUCAGGUGAAACACCCAAGGAAAGAGGAAGAGAGGUCGUUCAAGAAACACCUGGCGACGCGACCUCGAGGCAGAUAUCACAAGGAUGGGCUACACCUGGAGUCAACUAG